GGAGGAGGGUGGGUAUCAGAGAUGAUGUCCCGACAGUAUUCCACCACCUACAUAAGCUAACAAGCAGUGAAAUCCAAAAUCUCAAUCCGUUCAGAUGGCAGCCGACGAUUCACCGGAGCUGAAAUCUCUGGAGGCGUUGAUUGGUGCUUCUCUCCCGGAGAAUAUCUCGAAGCUAUCUUCUACCUCUCAUGCACUUCCAGCGAAUAACGAUUUUCAUUUUCUCUACAAUUUCGAUAAGUUCAAGCGUCCGAUUGAUGAGAUUUCUGGGAGCUCGCAGUGUGUUCUUGAGACAAUAGGUAGCUGGGCGCACUUCUGUGGGAAAGCGAUGAGAAAUUCAGGGGAAAUUGUCGGAGAUGAUGCGUAUUACUGGCUUGUUAACCUGAACGAUGAAGUUCUCCAGAGAGUUGAUGAGGGUCUAGAUUUGUAUUUGGAAAAUGCAAAGAAGAAGGAAAUUGAUUCGAAACAUGGAAAGGCGAAGGUUUCUUUCCACAUUGCAACCAUAAAGAAGCCUCAGGAGGAGUAUAAGAUUUUGGUGAACAACACAAAUGUACCGUUUGAGCAUGUUUGGUUGGAGAAGAAGGAGAACAGUUUCGGCUUUAUUCAUCCAGUGGAGCAACUCUCAGUUAUGGACUUUAUUGAUACAAAUAUAUCAGAGAUAAAACCUGUUGAUCCCCUCCCUUUGGAAGGAACUCCAUUCAAGCUUGUUGAAGAAGUGAAUGAUCUGAAGGAUUUAGCUGCAAAAUUGUCUAAUGUUGAAGAGUUUGCUGUUGAUCUGGAGCAUAAUCAGUAUAGAUCUUUUCAAGGAUUAACAUGCUUGAUGCAAAUAUCUACCAGAACGGAGGAUUAUUUAGUUGAUACAUUCAAGCUUUGGGAUCACGUUGGCACUUAUCUCAGGGAUAUCUUCAAAGACCCUAAAAAGAAAAAGGUAAUGCAUGGAGCAGAUCGAGAUAUUAUUUGGCUUCAACGUGACUUCGGCAUAUAUGUCUGCAAUCUCUUUGACACAGGACAGGCCUCAAGGGUACUAAAGCUGGAGAGAAAGAGUCUUGAAUUUCUUCUGAAACAUUAUUGUGGAGUUGCUGCAAAUAAACAAUACCAAAAUGCAGACUGGAGAAUACGACCCCUUCCAGAUGUAAUGACAAGAUAUGCUAGAGAAGAUACACAUUAUCUGUUGUACAUUUAUGAUGUGAUGCGAAUAGAUUUGCACACAGUAGGGAAAGAAGACGAGAAACCUGACUCCCUUCUGGUAGAGGUUUACAAGCGUAGCUAUGAUGUGUGCAUGCAACUAUAUGAGAAAGAGCUGCUGACUGAGAGUUCAUAUCUUCACAUUUAUGGGGUUCAGGCAGCUAAUUUCAAUGCAGUUCAACUUGCCAUUGUUGCGGUAUUUUCUAACUUGCGCACAGCCAAGGCCAUCAUAUUAUCAUAUGGAGCUUACACAGUGGUUGCUGCCUCGCAGGGGCUUUGUGAAUGGCGAGAUAGGAUUGCACGAGCAGACGAUGAGAGCACUGGUUACGUAUUACCAAAUAGAACUCUUCUUGAAAUAGCGAAAGAGAUGCCAAUCAAUGUGGGAAAGUUGAGACGGUUGUUAAAGUCAAAGCUUCCUUACAUCGAGCGUAAUGUUGACGCGGUGAUCAGUGUCAUCAGGCGAUCAAUGCAAAAUGCAGCGGCCUUCGAGCCAGUUGUUCAAUCUUUGAAAACAUGGCAUCCUGGAACGGUCUUUGACAAGAAUAUUGAAAGCACCAUUGAGAAAACAUGCACAGGAGCUGUUGAAGCUUCUUCUGUGAGCUCGAAGACGUUUUUGCAGGUUGAAAAUAACAUUGGCGGGGUCAGGCCCACCGGCUUGUAUGGUUCAGGAAAGGUUAGCGUGGAUGUUUCAAAAGGACAAAACGGUGGUUUUGGAACUUUGCCUUCAAAGAGGAAAUUUGGAAUUGAGAACAAGGCAAAUGAAGAGGUCAAAGUGUCAAAGUCAAAUCCAGAUGAGGUAAUUAUACUGUUGGAUGACGAUGAGUCUGAUGAUGAAAGAUUGGAACUUGAAGAUGCUGCGGAUAGGGUUUCAGAAACGCCUUUUAAGGGACCUGAUAUAUCAAUGAAUCUGAAGACAUGUCCAGAUAUUAUUGUGUUAGAUGAUGAUGACUCAGAUGAUGACUCAGAUGAUGACUCAGAAACUGGAGAGGUUAGGGAAAUGGAAGUUGAAAGGAUGAAUAUGAUAAGUGAACAGCAGGAGAAAUUCAUGAGUUUGAAACCGGGCUUUCUCAACAUUUAGCUGUGUGAUUAGCUUUUGUAGUAGAGUGUUUCAAUGCAUCGUGUCUGUCCCUUAUUUUGUAUUUCCCUAUGUAUGAGAUACAAUGUCUUUUGACUUGUAUGUUAAUGUACUCAGUGGCUGAUGUAGGAUCCAAAUUUGGGGGUGUCAAAAUUAAUGGGUUUUUAAAUCCAAAUUAAAAAUAAGUAAAAAUAAGGUGUGAGAGAGGUUUAAAC